AUGCGGAGCCGAUCCUUCACACCGGCUAUGGAUCCCACGGCUAACUACGAGCACCUGACCCUCAAAGCCAAGAAUAUUCUGCAAAACAGUUUCGAGCAGUUCUUCCUACUAUUCGUCACCACGGCUAUGGAUCCCACGGCUAACUACGAGCACCUGACCCUCAAAGCCAAGAAUAUUCUGCAAAACAGUUUCGAGCAGUUCUUCCUACUAUUCGUCAGUCAAUUAAUUGGUGUCAUAUAUAUUGAGCCUAAAAUUCUGGUGAAUCUAAUACCAGUGCUAAACAUAACGUUCAUAAUGGGACGGGUAUACAUCGGGUGUCGGGAUGUGAAGAAAGGAGAGACGGCUGUCAAAGAGAUACAAUCAAUGAAUCCAAAGGCAGACAUAAAACUAUUAAAACUUGAUUUGUCUUCACUUCAAUCGGUCCGCCAUUUCGCCAAAGAGUUGUCUCAAUUGGAGUCCAAAGUGGAUAUCCUUAUCAAUAACGCAGGGGUUAUGGCGUGUCCUAAAUGGCAGACUGAGGACGGCUUUGAGAUGCAGUUCGCGACCAAACAUCUUGGUCACUUUCUGUUAACACUACUAUUACUGCCCCAAAUAAACGGGUCGGGUGCUACCCGGGUAAUAAACUUGUCGUCGACUAUGCCCGUGACCGAGGAUUUAGUGAAACUCGAGACAUCUCAGAAUUUAAUGAUCAACAAAUACACGACUUUCCUCCCUAAUAUGACACCUCCUAUAGUCCUCAACAACAACCGGGUGGUCCCGGAAACUAUCACAGCAUCCAAUACAACCGACAGUCCCAAAGGCAUUGGCACCAGGGUGCAAGAAUUUAAUUAA